AAUAAAAUUUUGAUUCAAAUGAUUCCCUUCAUUGCAUGAAAAUGGAUAAAUAGUACACAAAGAGGCUGUAUCAAUGGUUUUCAAUAUGGUAUUGGGAGGAAUUUGAAAAGAAGUCCAAUGUGGUAUGAAAGACUUCUGUUGAAGCGAAGAUGACAGCAAUGAAAGCUAUAGAAGGAAAUUUUGGAUCAGUGGAAGGCUUGAUAAUGAUCAGAUCUUGUUGGCUUAUUGCGCUUUUAUAGAUAUUGAUUAGUUUUAAAUAUGAUAGAGGGGAAUGUGACAUCACUAGUAUGAAGUGAUAAUCUUAUUACCGGAGUAUUUACCUCAUUGUAAAGUGUUUCCUUUUCUUAGAGAAAAAGUUCAUGUUUUUUUGUUGUUAUUGGGGUCUGAAUGAAAAAAAAAAGUGUGUUUGUUAAUUCAAAAAAAGAAUUAUGUGUGAAUAAAGAAAGAAAAAGAAUUAUCUUUUAGUUUGGAAGGAAGUGUAAUAUUAUUUCAGUUUUUUUGAAUUUUUGUGCUCUUGAAUAAAUGGGUUUACUGUGAAUAGACAAGAUAAUAUAAGAUAUUUUAUAUUUCAUCUACAUGCAACAUCUGUCUUAAUCAGGAAAAAGGUAUAAUCAGGUACAAUGUCUAUGGUAAUGGAGAGUCAGACCUUGCCCAACAUUGAGGGCAAGGCAAUGGAGUUUGGUAUAGAUGUUCUUGAUGCUCAGUUUAAUCAUGAAGGAUGGUACUACCUGGUUAUAACACUGCACAACUCAUUCAUCAAAGACUACAGCCAGGUAAAGGUGAUGAAGGGUCUGAAAGGGGUAUGGGAAUCUAAGAGACAGGUGAGAACAGACUCUUCAAAACAGGAGGAAAAUGCACCACUGGCCUACUUCAAGGACAGAAGGUUCACAUUUAGGUUUCCUAAAGGAUUUUUCAAGAAUGACAAGAAUCAUGAUGUCUACCUGUUGGUUGAGGCUUACACAUCCUCUGACUCUCCCUCGGGCAAGGGGCGCAAAGUUGGUGAGGGCAAAUUUGCCAUCUACCCUCGACCUAAUGCACCAAGAAUGAAACUAUAUGCUGAACCAGGGGAGGACUAUUACAACUAUACUGGUGUCAUGUCAUUACUACGCACACACAGUGCCGACAAUAUUCAGAUGCAUUGUGGUCGUAUACGAACCACUUAUUCCAUGCAUGAAAUUGUUCCUCCAAAACCCAAAACGCCUCCACCUCCUACCCCACCCACUCAAAGAAGUACUGACAGAAGACCAUCGCCACCAUCACCACCACGUCCCACACCAAGAUUGACACCGCUUCCUUACUCGAGGCCUCCAGGUACAAGAGACCUUGGUCCAGACAGUGGUCGUAAACCUGAGCCAGCUCCUAGACAACAGGGGGUGCCCCCUACACCAGCUAGUUCAUGGGGAGAGAACUUAUCACUGGACUUGAAUUUACCCAAAUCACCACCCCUACCUCCAGCUGCAGAUGGGAAAAAAUUGCCAGAGAGUCCGCUGCCAGACAGUGACAGACAUACAUUUGCCACAGAUAGAUCAUACCGUCAUGUGUCCAAUGCUGGUAAUGAACAUAUUGAGGUUAUUCUACAUGGUGCAAGCAGUCUACCUCUAACACCAGAUGGUCAGGUUCCUCAACCAUAUGCUGUUGUGAAGACAAAGAAACUGGAAGACAGCAAUAAGAAAUCCAGUGCUGUCACACAUGCAUCUGUCCGACCUACACACUCUCCAUCUUGGGAGGAAAUGGUUACACUGAAUCUUGAUGAGAAGACAGCUGAAGAUGAAAUUUUGGUUGUCAGUGUUGGAGAUGCACAGUCUCAGAAGGGUCUAGUGAACUACAGAGUUCCUGUGGUCAAUCUUACACCAUUCCAUCAAUAUCAUCUGGAACUAAAUAUGCCAGCAAAAGGAAUACCAUCAGGUGUGAAAACAUUUGCCUCAGUUACAAGAAAGCUCCCUAGAUUGCCCAGGGACCACUCAUCACCAAAUUACCUUGCUUUGGAGGUCUUGUUAAUGAGUGCUCAGAAACCCAUCCAGAGCCCUCUUGGCCCAUUGAUUGCUGUAGCCAGGAUUGUACCAGACUGUUAUAACUACAAGAGUGAUAAUUUGCUGAAUCAUCCACGUAAUGCUGGUGUUGUUAUGCAGAGUGUAACGUUCCCAUCUCCUCAUCCGUCCAGCUUUAUCGUCACUGAUAGAAGUCAUCAUGGACACCCUCAGCUGAGUUUGCCAGGGCGUCCAGAGAGCCAGCCUACAUGGAACCAUCCUUAUCUGUUUGUAGAUAAGAGAGACAAGGCCACGCUGUUUACACCAGGGGCAGCACUUGUCAUAGAAUACUAUGUAGCAUCAUCAAGAAGGCUCAAGAAAACAAUGUCCGAUCAUUUCUGGCGUAUGCAAGCCCCUGUGGCGUUCUCCUCUAUCUUAAUGGAUGAAGAAAUGUACAAACAUUUGACAGCAGAUAGAGCCAAGAAUGGUCUGAGGGUAGAAGGAGUCCCAAUGCAGGGUUCAGACAUGUCAACGAUUGAUGGAAGACGACCAACAGUGGGUAUGAUCUUAAAACUGAUAACAACAGAGACUCCAGACUCCAUGGUGUCCGUGAGCAACAUUGAGGAUAUUCCAUCAUUGGAUCUCUACCCACCGUCUGACGUACCGGGAUAUUAUCGUGGGGAUUCUGCAGAAAUUCUGAAACUUGAGUCCCCUGCAAGACAGGCCAAGGUAGAGAGCCCGCUGUCAGCACCAAGAACACCAAAGACCCCACCAUCGGCCCCUCACCAGUACUAUAGGAAACCAAACCCAGGAAGAUAUGUACUGCAGAAAAUAAAGAAGAGACCUCUAUCUUAUGGUGUUAUGGGACAGUCAACGUCAUGUCAGCCAACCAAGGAUGGUGACAUGCCAAGCUACAAUGCUAUGGAGCAAGUGCUGCCCGAUUACCAAUACAUCUUCCAGCCCGGGGAAGGUGCUCCAGAUGGUGCGAAAUCUCCAACACGCAAAGUGCCAGGUCCUUCUACAUCCAAAAUUCCUGCAGCAGGGAAUGAUGGUGAAGAGCUUGACAAGAACUCAAUGAUAUUGCUGGAGUACCAAUCAAAGGACCUCCAACACCAUAGAGAGGCUGUACACAAGAUGGGCUCAGAUAUAAUUACGUUGAGAACUCAGUUGCGUGAUCUCGAGGGUGUCAACAGUAAUCUUCGUCGUGACCUCGCACACUACAACGAUGCUAGCAGAUUGAUGGUGGAUAGUGCUGAACUUGAUGGCCUUUCUAAAGCCGAAGUACUCUCUAGAUAUGCGGCAAUAAAGCAUUCUCUGUCAACACAGACUGUAGAUCUCAAGACAUACAAGGACAGACUGCAGAAAGUACAAAAUGAACUCAUUAAAAAAAAUGACCAAGAAAAAGCAUUCCUGAAGAUACAGAAAGCACAUGCAAGUCAACAGCUGGUUAUACAGAGGUUACAAGACAAACUGAGAAAGAUGAAAAAACUUGAAGAAGCUUGUAAAAAACAAGAAAAUGUCAUAUCCCAGAUGGAAAAGGUUCUGGAAAAACAUCAUAGAGAAAGGGGCAGAUAUCAAAAAGACAAAGCUUCCCAAGAUGCAAAUGAGGUUUUGUUACAGGAAAACAAAAGAUUGAGAGAACAAAUUGAUGAACUCAGAAUACAGAUAAGAAACAGUGGAGGAAAUGCCGGUGAUGACCUGGAGAAAAUGGAACUUUAUCAAGCUCUUGAAAAAGCUGAGGGCAGGAUUGCUUCCCUUGAAAAUCAGUUGGCACAGAAUUCUCGUGACUGGGGUAAGGAAAGAGCGGGCUUGAAUCUACGGCUGAAUGAAGCUGAGCAUGGGUUUGGUAGAUCAACAAAUACAAUUUUACACAGCUACCCAGUUCUGGAGGAUACUGUACGUAGAGGUGGGCUGAAACGACUGUCACCAGUGUAUCCAUGACAACGUGUCUGAGAGUAAGGUUCUAGCUAAUUGAUGAUACUCUUCAUGACUCUGCACAUAGCUUCUUAAAACAGUAGCAAAUAACACCGAUGAUACCAACAAAAACAGGAUAACUUGUCAUAAGUUUUGUCAGUUACUCAUGUACUAAAACUCCUGGGGAAGUGCUCUGUUUUCUAAGAAUUGAAAUGCAGUUCAAAAGCAAACCUGUUACUGGAUUUAAACUGGACCUCCACAUCAUACAAAAAUAAAGAAAAAAAAAGAAACUUUAAGUUAUCAGGAAAUUAUUGCUAUAUUUCUUAAGUAGGCCUUGAAACUUAGUUACUGACAGCAAAGACUCGUGUUCUAAUGUUCAUAAUAUUACCAAACUUCAGUUUAAGAGAAAGAUUAUUAGCCAGUCCCAUUAAGUGAUAUGACGAGAUUUUGAAGUAUCAGGCUUUGAAAUAAUAAUGUUAAAAAUGAUGGUGGGCAUGUCUUCAUUAAGUCACUGCAAUGUAUUCUUAAAAAUGUUUUGACAGAUUUUUUUUUUCAACGUAACACUAGUAUAAAUCUUAGGUACAAAAUGAACUACAUGAAUAAGCUAGCAAUGUUGAAGAGUUGAAUAUCUCGUGGAGUGACUGGAAGGUAUAGUUGUUGCUGUUAUAUAACCCUCUGUUACAGUCAUAUAGAAAUUGCUUCAUUUCAUUAGACCUUGUCAUUUUACAUCAUAUUAAACUGUUUCAUUGUUUACACCGCAUGAAGUUCAUUUGCUUUCUUUUGUAUGAAGGAGAGUUGUUUUAUUACACCAAACUUUGUUUGGGUGGUGUUGUAUAUGAAUCACUUUGUCCUGUCCAUCCCUGUCCUGUCCUGAAUUGUUUUCCUUAAUAUCAUUGGAACGCAUAUACUUAUCAUUUUGAAACUUGCAACCAGCUUUUAGGCUCAGAAGACUAAGUCAUAUACCAGGUGUCGUAACUCUUUCGUUUUGAUAAAAUUAUUCCCCAUUAGCACCCACCCGCAACCAGGCAACACAUGGGGGAUAAAUGGGCUGUAUCAGAAGACAUAAAAAAAUGGGCUGCGUCCAUCCAUCUGUCACACUGCCAAUCAUCAAGGAAUUAGGAUAUCACUUGGCACAAAUAUUUCUCUAAAUUAGAAAACAGGUCACACACCUAGCUCCAGAGACAAGGUCACACUUAAGAGGUCAAAUUUCCUGUCCAGUCCGUAUUCCUGUCAUCCAUCCUGGGACUUCAAAAUUACCUGGCACAAAUGCUUCCAGUGAGACUCUUUAAACAAAGUUUUUAAUUGGGUAUGUGAACCAUCUUUAGUAAUAGCUAUAGUUUAGAUCUGAAAAUACUUAAAAUGUUCAAGAAAACAUGUACUUAGCUGAUUUGUUACUUAAAAUCAAAGUCAAAAUGGUUAUUUGCCUGAACAUAUAUGAUGUCAUGUCCCUCACAAGUAAUAUGUUAUGUUAUUUUGUCAGAUAUAAUGUUACACAGAGGAUAAAUGUCUGAAUAUACAUGAACUGUUGGAAGAAUGCUGUUAUAAGAAUGUUACUGUUUUAUUUGUGUGUAAUUACAAAGACAUUUUUUUCUGGGUUUUUUUAUUGACAAAAAGUUUUAAGGCAUUGAAAAUAAUAUUUGUUAUAUCGUUAAGUGUAUUUAAAGAUUAUGAAGAUUCCAUUAGUUUACUAAGAAAAGAGAAGGCAAUAAGGUAUUUACCUGCCUCUGAAAUACAAUAUGCUUUAGUAAUAUGACAAAUCUCCAUGAAUUUAUACUAUUCUGUUUGUAUAAUACAAACACCAAUGGGGAGUGGCGAAUAUAUCUGUCUCAAAAAUGACUGUGUGGUUGGGGGUUUGGAUGGGGAAGGAAAUUGACCAUUAUUAUAUGUUAAUUUGUAAUAACGAGUGGGUUGGGAAUAGUUUAACAAAAUUUCUUAAUUUCGUUGAAAAAUUAAUGAAAUAUUUUAAGGGAAAUAGUGAGAUACAACGCUAUAAAGAGUGUUUUAUCUACAUUUAAAGAAACUGUAUAUGGGGUCCUGUACUGUGAUAGUGUCCGUCCAUGUGUUUUAAGUUAUGUGAUUAUUGAUAAAGUUUUGACUAUAAAUUGAUGUAGUAUUGUUAAUGUUCAUGUUUUAUAUUGAAACUUAGCUGCAAUAUUGAUCUAUCUGUGAUACCUGUAUCUUAUCUAAUAAAACAUGUACUUAA